AAUAUAUCGAAAAUAUAAUUAUUCUGCGCAUUUGCAUUUGAUCGAGGAUAAUCGUGUCAGUACUGAGUAUAAAAUGAUUAGUAGUAAAUUAAUAAACGAGAAACGCUUUAUCGACUCUAAAAUAACUGAGAGUACGUAUUUCAUUUAAGUGUAACUAGGAGCGAAUAGAAAAUAUAAUUAUAAUAAUAAUUGUAAAUUAUAAUUAUGAAGUUUCCAUGUAUUGUACAUUGUACUAUACUACUGAAGCAAAUAUUGAGAAAUAUUAAGUUACCGUAUUACAUGAUGCAAACAAUUUGCGUAAUGUGGAAAUAUCUCUAUUGUUGACAAAAAGAUCUGAAAAUAAUAUCUCUUUUCAAUACAUACAAUUGCAUGCAAAAUUCUUGAUACUUUGCAAUCGUCGCGAACUGUUUUCAUCUAACCAAUAUUAUUUCUAUCCGUGUAUCACUACGCGCGUAUAUUUUCAUAACACAUCGUGAUAAGCGAAUCCUGCAUGGGUAAUCAUGAUAAUCAAAACUAACUUCCGAUAAAAGAAUUUCAUUCUUGAGCGAAGAAUUCGAAUCGAGAAGACGCGGCAACGUCGCGUGCUGCUAUUGGUCGGAGUCAUCGCCUGGUGGCGAACGCGAGAACCAUCGCUGGCACAUUGGGCCACAUUGACGCAAUAAAUAACGGACGCAACACGUGAAUAUAAUUCGAGUCCCGUGUGGAAUGUCAUGCGGAGCAGCGUUCUGAGAAUCUCGCGUCGCAUUUUCGCCUGAUGACAGUCGACCAUUGGGUCUGUGCGCUUCCGUAAACAGCUGUCCGUGCCUUCGAGAAAAAUCGCAGCCGCACGUCUGCUCCGGUGCAACGACGUAUCGCUUGCCAGAAUGCGUGCCGACACGUAUAUCCUGCUGAUUUACUUAUCGCUCGCAAUUUUCGGCAGCGCCGAAAAAAACGACAGUGCCUUCGUGGCAACGCACGAGUGGCAGACGGUGAAAAAAGGCACUCCAAUUCCCAAAGGACUUCAUGUGAGACACAAUUUUGCAACUGGUGUUACGGAAGCUAAAUUAAUGGAUGACGAUGCAAAAGAAACCAAAGAAGAAGCAAAAGAAAAUGUUGAUGAAAAUACAAACCGUUCAAACUCCAAGUCGAUGACAUUACAUCCCGAUAAAGCGGUUCAAGAAAAUGAAGAAACAGAUUCCGCAAAUAUAAAGGAAGAGUCUGAAGAUGACGAAGCAAUAAGAAGAAAGGAAAAAGAAACUAUGAAAUUUCACAUAAAAGAACUGAAAGCAAGAUUAAAGAAGCUUAAGAAAGAGAAAGUAGAUAUAUCAAAUAUAAAUGAUGAAGAAAUCCAUCCGAAAACUGAAAAACACUUCAAACGUUUCUAUGAAACUUUGAAGGACGAGCUGAAUGCGCUCAAAGUCAAUAUUACAAGCGAUUCAGAGCUAUUAAAGAGAUUUUUCCAGAAAUUCCAAUCUUACAAGAACGGUGUUACAACAGGUACAUUAACCAGUGCAGAGAUUGAAGAGGUCUUGGACACCUUAAAUAAUUUAGAGUAUCUUCUUCAUCAAAUUGACAACGCUAAAGUAUUCUCAGACAUGGAUGGAUUAACUAAAAUUAUAUCGCCAUGCCUGAAUGGGAGUAACAAUGAAAUAAAGUCAGAAGCGUUACGCCUUCUAGGAGCAGCAGCCCAAUCAAAUCCAAAAGUGCAAGCUAAAGCACUGGAAAACGAUUUUAUCCAAAAAAUACUGCGUGUCUUGUCAACAAAUAGUAAAACCGAAGUGAGAUCCAGGUGUCUUUUUGCUCUAAGUGCCUUAAUACGCCAGUUCCCCGCUGCUCAGAAAGCUUGGAUCGAUCACGGUGGCUUGCAGAUACUCGACAAGAUUCUGUCUAACGAUCAACUGCAAAUUCAAAUGAAAGCAAUGAAAUUAAUUAACGACCUAAUAAUCGAGAGGCAAAAUCUGCAAGAGAUAUACGAUGCUGAACAACGUCAGCAGAAGAUGAAAGAAUACACGAUCACGGAUUUUGAACAGAAAUUGCGCGGACACGAUUAUUGUAAACUCCUGAGCAACUUGGUAGUGAAAUGCUUCAAAGAGAAGCUAGCUAGCAAAAUCAGUAUAGAAAAUAACGAUUUUCUCGAAGUAGUUGCUGAUAGCAUGAUUACAGCAAGCCCCAUUUGCAGAACUGAAUUCAAGGAUAUUAAACCUCUGCUCUUACCUGUCAUAAAUAAUCUCUUACAUUUUUAUAAACAUCCAAACGUUAGACUUACCUUGGACGAAACCGACGUCGUAAAUAGUUUGAUAUCGUUGAUCGAAAGGUUAAAGAGUAAUAUUUUUGAAACACCUCACGAUGAACUAUGAAUAGUUAAAAUCUAAGAGAUACGAUAAUAUCAAAGACUAUGAAUUCCAUUUUGAUCGAUGUAAAAUUACAAUUGUGUAAAAUAGCAUUUGUAAUAGUGUAGGAAACCGUCAUUCUCGUUUAAACUUGAUAUAACAAUCUCGCGAAAAAGAAGAAAAUUGUCACAAUAGUUUUGAAAAAAGAAAUGGGUAUUAUCUGCGGACAAACGACAGCUAAAAUUUGCAGAUCUUAAAGAAAGUCCCUCUAAUGAUAAAAAAAUAUUUUAUUAUUCUGAAUGUAACAUUGUAUCUUCACUAUGUAAAUAACUUAUCAUACAUGCAUGAUAAAAGCGCAGGCUCUCGUCUCUAGUACCUGAAGUAUGAGUUGCUAGUCAUUAGGUAUUUGUUAAAUUUUAAUUCAGCGUUUAAAUAUUAUAAAUGUUAGGCAUUAUCUUGUUACGGCACUUUUGCUGUUGUAAGAGGCAUUUCUUUUUACUGGCCUAGGAAGAAGGCAAAUACUUGGAUAAAAAUGCCUCAGGCACAAGAGACGAAAACUUCUGAGACCUGAUCAGUCAUCGAAUUCAAUCAAUGUUCUGUAUGUACAUACAAGUUACAUUUUUGUAGGACAACCAAGAAAUAUUAUUUAAAGUAAAAGAAAAAUGUAUAUAGUAUAUAUAUCUAUAAUAUGUGAAGUUUUAGUUGUCUGUCAGUUAGUGAGUAUGUACAAUUCCUAUGUUAUGUUAGAAUAAUUAAUAAAAUUAUUUUGUACUGAC